ACGAAGCGGAGGGGCAGAAAUGGAUGCUGGUUGGUGCCCCGUGGGAUGGGCCGGCCAAUAACAGAAAGGGAGACGUCUACAAGUGCAUUGUGGGAGAGGAGAGGCACUCGAACUGCAGCAAGGUGAACCUGGGAGACACGGCUCUCCAGAAUGUAUCCAAGCAGAUCAGAAACACACACUUCGGCAUGACGCUCGCAGACAAUAAAGGUGAAGGAUUUGUGGCCUGCGCCCCCCUGUGGUCACAGGAGUGCGGUACCUCGGUUUUCAGCAACGGGAUCUGCGCCAAAGUGGACCAGAACUUCCAACCAAUUGAGACGAUCGCACCAACCGCAAAGAGGUGCUCCACCUUCAUGGACAUUGUGAUAGUCCUGGACGGGUCCAACAGCAUCUACCCCUGGUACGAGGUACAAAACUUCCUCAGCAACAUCCUCAGGAAGUUUCACAUCAGCCCGGAGCAGAUGCAGGUCGGGGUGCUGCAGUACGGGGAGGUUUCGGUUCACGAAUGGUCUCUCCACGACUACCAGACCACCAAGGAGGUCGUGGAGGCGGCCAAGAACAUCAGCAGGCAGGAGGGACGGGAGACGAGGACCGCGUACGCCAUCCACAUGGGCUGUUCCGAGGCAUUCAGCCCAGAGAGAGGGGCCCGAGAAGGAGCGGCGAAGGUGAUGAUUGUGGUGACGGACGGAGAGUCACAUGACGGGGAGGAGCUCCCAGAGGCGCUGGCCGAGUGCGAGAAACGAAACAUUACGCGCUACGCCAUCGCGGUUUUGGGGCACUACAUUCGGAGACAGCAGGACCCCGAGACUUUCAUCAGCGAGAUCAAGUACAUCGCCAGUGACCCUGACGACAAAUACUUCUUCAACGUGACGGAUGAGGCAGCGCUCAGCGACAUCGUGGACGCUCUGGGAGACCGCAUCUUCAGCCUGGAGGGGACUCUGGGGUCCAACGAGAGCUCUUUCGAAACAGAGAUGUCUCAGAUUGGAUUCUCCACACACAUGCUGGAGGACGGCAUCUUGUUCGGGAUGGUGGGGGCCUAUGACUGGGACUCCCUGCUGAAGGAGGGCAGACAGGGGCGCAUCAUGCCCGACCCCCCCGAAGGCUUUGUCUUGCAAAUGGUGAUGAAUUUAAGUUCUCGUGUCUGUUAUUUGUCGGCAGGCUACACAGUUUCCUCCGUGACGGUGAAGAAUGGAAAGCACCUCUAUGUUGCCGGAGCGCCGCGCUUCAAACACAAAGGAAAAGUGAUCCUCUUCGAUCUGAAACAGAACGGCAGCGUCACCAUCGCACAGGCUCUGAAUGGAGAGCAGAUUGGCUCGUACUAUGGCAGCGAGGUUUGCCCAAUCGACGUGGAUGGAAACGGCAUCACCGACGUGCUGCUGGUCGCUGCUCUGGCUCGAGCAUGAUACCUGGAAAGAGGGGAGAGGAUAGGGGAGGGCAUGAGGGUGUAUAUGUACACACUGAACAGAGUUCUGUUCUCAUUCAACGGAACGCUGCAGCCGCACCGCCGGGUCCAGGACGCUCGCUUCGGAUACUCGCUGGGGGCGGCGCCGGACCUCAACCACGACGGCUUCAACGACCUGGUGGUGGGGGCGCCACUGGAGGAGGGGCAUCGUGGAGCGAUAUACAUCUACCACGGCCACCGGACCACCAUCCUGCCACUUUACAAACAGAGAGUCUCUGCCUCAGCCCUGUCCUCGGCUCUGCAGUAUUUUGGACGCAGUGUGAGUGGACAGUUGGACCUGGAUGGGGACGGGCUCGUGGACCUGGCUGUGGGAGCGCAGGGCAGCGCUGUGCUGCUCAGCUCCCGCAGCGUUGUGCGCGUUACCGUGACCGUGGUCUUUGAGCCACGCUCCAUCAACGUGAUCCAGAGGAACUGCCAACGCAAUGGCCGGGACUCCGCCUGCAUCACCGCCACAGUCUGCUUCAGCGUGGCCUCACGCUCACCGUCCAAUCAGAGAGAGCCGUUCGAUCUUCAGGUCAGCUCCUCUCUGGAUGAUCGGAAGUUUGUGUCCCGGGCUCUGUUUGACGAGACGUCUCACAAGCAGAUUCAGAGAGUGCUCCGGGUUCGAGUGGACGAGGUCGCCUGCCGCACGCUGCCCUUCCACGUCAUCGACACACUGGAUUACAUUCGCCCGAUCGGGUUCGCUCUGCGCUUCAAGAUGAACAGUUCGGAGGCAGGGCCUGUGCUGGAUGAGGGCAGCCUCACCUUCGUCAAGAAGUUUAUCCCGUUUUUCAAAGACUGCGGCGAGGAUGAUGUGUGCGUGACUGACCUGGUUCUGCAGGCGCACCUGGGCAUCGCGGGAACGAGGCAGGACCCCUAUAUCAUCAGGAGCCCCCAUAGAAGGCUGUCUGUGGAGCUGGUGCUGGAGAAUCGCAGAGAGAACUCCUACAACACCAGCCUCAGCAUCGAGUUCUCCAAAAACCUGCAUUUCUCCAGCCUGUCCGUGAAGGACGAGCCCCAGUUUAAAAUCGAGUGCACGGUUCUGGCGCCCAGCAUCAGCUCCUGCAAUGUCAGCUAUCCUGUCUUCAGAGCAAAGGCCGAGGUGAGGCUCAGCCUGGACUUUGAUUUUAGCUGCUCGUCUCUGCUGAACCGCGUGCAGGUGAAGCUCUCCGCUGGGAGCGACAGUGUAGAGGAAGACACUCUGCAGGACAACUCAGCUGAGCUGCUGGCAAUGGUGAGAUACGAGCCAGACCUCUUCAUUACCAGCGAAGCCAGCCUCAAUCGCUACGAGGUUCAUCCCAGCAGGACAGCAUCCGAAGGGAUCGGACCGGAGUUCCACACCUUUUACAAGAUUCACAAUCUGGGCUGCUACACCGUCACUAACCUGGAGUUUCAAAUCCACCUGCCUUCAGUGGCUUCUGGAGACAAGCACUUUCUAACCAUCACAGACGUGGCAACACAAAAUGCGACGGGUGUGAACUGCAGUCUGGAGAGUGAUCUGGAGCUCAUGAAGCAGAGGCAGGGAGACGCUGUGCGACCCGUUCAUCCAGAAGACAUGCUGUUCACUCAGACCCUGAACUGCAGUAACUCGUGGUGUGCUGUGGUUUUGUGUCAGCUGGACCAGCUGCAGCGGAACCAGGCAGCGCUGAUCCGGGUCAGCAGGAGAGUCCACGAUGACUUCUACCAGGAGGCCCAGUUCCGGUCGGUGAGGAUCGUGAGCGGGCACGUUCUCCGAGCGAACGACUCGGGCGUGAUCGUCCUGGGGCAGAGCGGGCAAUGGAGAGAGAGCCUCCUGGAGGUGAUGAAGGGCCGGCGCAUCCCAGUCUCUCUCUGGAUCCUCAUCAGCAGCAUCAUUGGAGGCCUGCUGCUCCUCUCCCUCAUCAUCUUCAUCCUGUGGAAGCUGGGAUUCUUCGCCAGGAAAUCGAGAGAGGAGGAGGAGGAGAGGGAUAAGGAGGAGUAAGGGAGCAGGAGAAGCGAGAGGGCAAGGAGAGAGCUCUAAGAUUUCCAACUUGUUUAUUGUGAACUGUGUUUGUUUGUUUUUUUUCACAUUUGGAAUAUAUUAUUUUGGAUUUACAAUCUGCGUUAAUAAAACUAUUAAAAAAAAAAAAAAACCCUCUCUCUCAAUUAUUAAUAUUCGUUUGAUUAAAUAUUUUAAACUGACCUUGGUGUCUCUCUGUACCCAGUCACAUCUGGUCCUCUUACCAAGAAACGUCUCCCACGCCACCCCCCCGCUUUUCCAGUUACAAACACCUACCAACAAAUACUUCUUAACCCAUUAAGUGCCGCUGCCCUCAUGUCAUUUUUAACUCUCUCCUCAUUUUCUCUUGAUAUUGUUGUGAUAACUGACUCCGAGUUCAAUGUCAAUAUAAAUUGAGCUGGUGUGAAAUUUCACUGAUCACAGGAAUGGGUCAAAGUUACUCGGCUGUCCUCAAAAACAGGACGCGGCCGUUUGAGGCCGAAAUUAAGAUAUUUUUUUCAGUGAUUAAGAAUGCACCAAACGACACAAACCCAGUUUGUGUUCAGACUCAGAAUAACAGAAUUUGGUACGUCGAGGUUCACAGAGGGCUCCGCGUGACGGCACACUUUUUACUUCAGGGGAACUGGAAUCAGGCGCCGCGUCACACAGAGAAGAAAAAUAAGAUACUUCACAAACUGCCCUGAUAUUUACAUGCACUUUAUUCAGAGUUUCACAAUGACACGCCCUUAACGAAGCCUGUGUAAAAAAUAAAAGACCCUCAAAACUUUCAUUUUUACACACGCAAAUUUGGAGAGAUUUUGUUAUUGUAAUUUUAUCAAGGUGAUCAAAAAUUUUUACAUUUAUUUUUGACAGAAGACCUAAAAUUAUUUACAAAAAUGUAAAUCCAAACUAAAGAAUUUUAAUAAUAAUAAUAAUAAUAAUAUGUACAUUAGUUGGAACUGACAGCCUGCAGCAGAAUUGAAAUCAAAACACAAAAUGCAGUGUAUGAGAAUGGAGGAUUUAGCAUUGCAUUAUAGUGAAUCAGGCUGUACUAAUUCUAUACUUACUGAGGAAUCGCUUGGAAACUGCAGUGUAAUUGCAGGGGACAAAAAACACAUUGUGACUUCAAUUAUAAAACAGCACUGAUUCAUUUAAAAAAGUCACAUAGGAAUGUGUUCUCCCUCUUAACUCAGUUUCCAGCCAUGUGCAGAGAUGUCAGAGCACCUCCAGAUGCGUCAUCGAUCUCCUUCAUCUACCCGCCUGCAUGCAAACACCUCUGGGUGGGAGGAUUUCAAUCUCCGCUCAGUGAUCAGGGAUGCAGAAACACACUUGUGUGUGAAAAUGUCAGACCGCUUUGUGCUUUAAUCAGGCAUCUUAAACAGCUUCUAAAAAGCCUCCUGCGUUUUACCGUGUGCGGCUCUGUGUUCCUUUCCUCUUUACUGUUUGAAAUGAAUUGCGCGCGUGGCCUAUUAAAGUCGUCAAUGCAAUCAGUCGAUCGCUACCCUGUUUGGAGUUUCCCCAGAUUUUCAGCUCCAGAGGUUUGAUUUCAGACGCUCAGCUACAGAAGCAAUGGGGUGAUCUAAUACACGUGCACACUGCCGUAUAUGGUAAGAGGGGGAAAAACACUUACAAAAAAGUACUUUCAGUGCC